AUUAUUAUAUAUUUUAAUUUGAAUUUUAAACAAUAUAUAUAUACAUAUUUAUGUAUAUAAAGUGCGAACCAACGUUUAAGUGCAAAAAAAUCUCCAAGCUAAUAAUUACAAAGCCCCAGGCUUUCGUUAACUAUAUAUAAAAUCGAUAAUAUUUUUUCAGCUUAUACCUUUUAGGCUUUUAAAAAUUUCAAAAGAACUUUAAUGAAGUCUCUAUUAUAAUUUAAUGAAGACUUGUUCCUCCGACGGGUAUAGAACUAGAUCCCAUGAAAUUUAUAUUAUAAAAUUAAAUCUCGCCAAGAAGUAGAUUAAAGUCCGAAAUUUUCCUUUUUGCUGUAAAAUAAAUUUACAUAACUUAAAAUGCAUUAUAAUGUGUGUAGUAGUCGGAGGUAAAAUUUGCAACAAACACUUAGUAUUACACUUUUAACAAACAAAAAAAAAACUAUGAAAAAGUGUAAUUCACAAUAGACAGUUAAACAGUUUCUGUAAAAAUCAAGGCAAUCAUUAUUUAUGAGAUUAUUAACGGUGUCAAUCAAACAUUUGGACUGCUUUUACUAGCUUAAGUGCUUAAAUAAAUCAGAUAUAUUAGAAAAGAAAUAAACAUAAAACGAUGCUGUCAUCAACAAGGCGCAUUUCUCAACAGGAGUCGACGAGACUAUGGAUAUUAACGGUUUGCGUCGUUGCCACUUUGAGUGGGUGCUUUGUGACGCCCGCACUCGGAGCUCCAGCUAAACUUGAUGCUAUUGCGCCACCACCACAAUCACCAUUUCCUUUAGAAACGCAACCGACACAAUUCUCCGAAGCGAUUGCCGCUGCUCUGAAAAGUGAUAUUGGUGUGCGUAACGAUGGCGGCAAAAGUCAUCCAUCGGCCGUCGAUAGUUAUGGUAAUCCGAUUGAGACGCUCAAGCCCAUCGAUACCCCCGAUGGUCGGAAGGUGAUCAGUGCGCAGGGCUUACAAUUUGAAAUACCCAACUAUGCCUCAGGCAUAACCGAGAUAAAGCAGCCAGCCGAUGACUUACUGCCACCAUUCAUUGAUCCCAUUGCGGUUGCUGUGCCGACCGAUUCGAUUGAUGGUGAAAACUCAGUGCCGGAAACUGCGGCUACUGCACUCACCACCACCACCGUGGAUGUAGAGAAUGCACAGCUGGUUGAAUUGAAGCCGUCGCAGUCGAACUUGUUCUCUCUAAGCAGCCAAUCUAGCAACUUGCCGUCUUAUAUACUUGAUUUGAACGAUCCGGACAUUGAUGGUCCAGUGGAAUACAUGCCGGCUGAGGACGGGUCAUCGUUAAAGGUAAUAGCAUGGGAUCUCCUACCACCAUUUCAAGAAGAACCAAAAUUAAUCACCGCUGAUAGUAGUGUAACUCCGAUAACGCACAAUACGAAAGUUUCACUUACUUCAGGACAUAGUGUGAGUGCCCAAGGUCCGUCGCAUGGAGUCUCUAGUGAGGGAAGCGAUGCAGUGGUACCGCAAAAUAAUCUACCCCCAGGCAGUGGCAUUCAGGUUACGAGCUCAACUAUUGCAAGUACGACCAGGACCACUACUCCACGUACCACCAGGGCCACUACUCCACAUACCACUAGGCCUACUACAACUAGGCCUACUACAACUAGGCCUACUACAACCAGGCCUAGAACAACAACAACAAGGAGAGCUACGACUACCACCCGCCUUCCAAUAACAACAACAACACGCAGAGCCCCAACCACCAAAAAAACCACUUCAACAACAACUACAACGCCAAUACCAACACAAUUAAGCUCGAAAGACUUUUACCAAUUGGAACAUGGUGACUCCUACACCUUACCAUCAUGGUUGGCCGAUAUAGAUGAUCCUGAAUUAGAUGCAGCCGUUACAUAUAUUGUUCCAGAGAAUAUACACGAAUACAAUGACACCAUAUCUCGAGAUAUUCUUCCACCACUUGAACCCUAUACCGAUCUCAAUAACAUAGACUUGCCAGCACCUGAAGGCCUGCACACAACUACAACCACUACCAACCGCCCACGUACCACAGCUGCAACUUCUACCACAAGCGAAGUAUACACCUCUACUUCACGCAGCUCCACUAUUUCCACACCACGGCCGCAUUGGGUGCGUGCCUAUCCCACAACCACUCCAACAACCACCACUACGAGCACCCAAAAACCGAAAUCUUUCAAUGAUCGGAUUUCAUCUAAUCAUAUUGCACUAUCGCACGAUUCAAACUCUGCAUCAUCUUUCAUCUCUCCCAAUUCAAAAGCAAGCACAUCAUUCCUUGGCACCACCAGCACCACGACGACAACAACAGAAAGUCCCCGAUUAACGACAGCAGAGCCCCACCAUCACAUUGUUAACAAUAGGUUUAACAAAAAUUCUCCCACUAUUACCGUAGAUCAUACAGCCAGCAAUAAAAUAAAGGACAAUAAGGCCAUUCCAACAGCGACAUUCUCGAAUGCCAACCCCUUCUUGCCAGCUCACAAUAGCGGCGCACGUCCGUUUGCAACGAAGAGCACAGACAAAUUCACCGGCACAUCAUCAACAACAACAACAACGACUACAACAACAACAGCAGCAACUCCAGUAGAAGAAAACCCGUUCGAUUCGGCCACUUUACCUCCGUGGUUGGCUGAUUUCGACUAUCCCGACUUGGGCCCAGGCGUAGCGUUCAUUUACGAAGCUGAAGAUUCAAAUUCAGAUGUAUCCAAUGAUUUACUGCCUCCUUCACAACUAACAGCCGAAGCGGCUGACACAACAAAACCUGUUUUUAUUUCAUCCUCUCCCUCAUCCUUUAAUUCCUUCCAGAUUUCACCUAGUUCAACUAAUCGGCACGAAACCACUUUUGCUUCCGCCUCUACCUCUCCUACACGUACUUUCACUUUUAAUAAUUUCCCAUCAAAAGUCACCACCACCGUCAAACCAUUGAGCAUUCAAAAUACAUUCGCGCAAGUGCCCAACAGUAACAACAACAAUUACAAUCAAGAGGCAGUCACUUCGCCACCAGUCCUAUUCAUACCGCCCAACGCAGAGGCUGAGAGUAACAUCGACACUGCUGCCGUGAAUGAUAUCAGCAAAUCUCAACUACAACCAGCAGCUACAGCUGGCCAAACAUUUUCCAAGAAACCCUCCUCAUCCAGUUUUAAUAAAAAUUUUGCAGCUCCCUUUGAACCAACGACAGUGCCUGGCAGUGCCGACUCAGAUCAAGAUUUUGGAAGCUCGACGAAAACCACAUUUACGAAGAGUGACGAAGGCAAAGUUAUAAGCAACAACAUUUUUGGAAACAACGGUGGCAUCACUGCGGCAACUAAACAAUUUGGACUCAGCACAGCGAGUAGCACGACCGGACAAGCUUCAUUACAAAAAGAACUUCAACAUAGCACUUUCAGUGGAAGUUUGUCUACCUUUAAUAAGGCGGUGACGCCCGGCGGAUUCUCUAGCUUCACCAGCACACAACAAACGAACUUCAACAGUGCCGGAAGCGUCAAAUAUACUGGUGGUUUUGGCGGAGCUCCAGGUGUUUUGGGUAGUGGUAAAUUUGGCUCCGCAGUGAACACGGAUGGAUCUAUUCGCACCGCUACGAACUUGACAUUUGGACAGGCGCCCACAGCUGCCCCAAAACAGACAACGAGCCCUAGCUUUGUCAGUCGAAUUGGUAUUCCAGCCACCGGCGUAACCGCGACCGCUCUAGGAACUGGUGUUAAUAAGUAUCAGGGCACUUUCGGUGGACCACCCGGUGUCUUGACCCCUUUUGAUAGCGUCAAAAGCGGCUAAGCCAUUAGUAAGCACGGCUACGAGCUACCAAGAUUAUUUAUUUAUAUAACGAUUCUGUAAAAUAAAAUCUGUCUGUCAGAGAGUAGUAUUCUAGUGUAUUCAUCGAAUGGAUCGAUGAGCAAUUCUUAUUUUUAUAUUUGCGUGUAUUUAAUGUUUUAUUAUACAAAUAAAAGAAUAAUCA